AUGGCUUGGAUUCAGAAAACACUGACAGCCACAAUUGUUCUGGUAAGCCUGCUUCUUGGAUGUACAGAUGAAGUGAACGGGAUGCGUUACAUUCCCAAUUCCCCCACUCCCAGUGAGAGCAAACAUUCAGACUUUCUUCUGAACAAUGCGCCCCAACCAUAUGAUCUCAUUCCUGGUUUUGGAAGGUUCUUGCUGCCUCCCACACCCAAGCUGCCUUUCCUUCCUUACAAAGAUCCCCUUGCUCCUUCCCCAGCCACUUCUUAUCCAACUCCUCCUAGUCGUUUCGCCUCAAGCAGUGGAUAUAAAGCUCGCAGCCCGGGUUCAAGAGAAGAUCAAGUUCCCCCAGUGCCACAACCAUGAGUUUUAUUGAACCUGUCAACAGAUAAGCAUCUGCUAGAUGCAUAAGGGGGUCUUCAAUCUUAGUAUGGUCAGUAACAUUUUUCUUGUAUACAUAACAAAUCUAGUAGUCAUUUCAUAUCUUUUUGAUCUCUCUCUCUGCUUAAGAAAGAAACAAAUAAUGUAUUGAAUGAAUUCCAGAGCCCU